CCCGGCGGCCUGGAGGAAAAUAAUGAAUAAGACUGGACUGAGAGCGAAACCAGGCGAUCUUACGGAAUCCGUAUGUUUCCCGCUACGCCACUGCACUUCUCCCGAUCGCCGUCAUCUGCUUCACCUGCCUGCUGUUUUUCUUAAUCUAUGAAUUCUGUUUGUUGUUCUGCUUGAAGUCAUCCUCUUCGUCGUCAUUUUUUUCCACGUCGCCAUUGCUCUCGUCUCCGUCAGCGUCGAUGACGGCUGACACAAACACGUCCUCACCUCACGGAACAUCCGCAGAGUCGAACACGAACCUGUCGGACAGGCCGCCCUCUUACUACGCUCCUCCUUCGGCGCCGAGUCGUGUGGGUCUGGUGUGUCCUGUUGCCGACGGAAGGGCCCAGGGUGGCCAGAGCAAUGUGGUCAUUCCAGUGAUGGAUCCCGAACUUCUGCAACGAAUCAUAGUUCUGCACCGGAUCGAUGGCACGGAGCAUUACCGCAUGCUAGAGAAAUACGAUUGGCUGCCUACACAACCAGGCGAACUGUACGGCGCCAGCCCGCCGCCGCCGUUUCUCGCCGACGCUGAAUCGUCUCGAGCACCACACCAACAGCAUCUACAGCAGCCACAUCUUUGCGACGACAACGACGAUGGCGAUGAAAAUGAACAGCAGCAGCAGUACUACCACCACCACCACCGACAGGAACAGCAGCAACAACAACCAGUGCUAUCACCAGCCUGUGACGAGACAUUCCUAUAUCAAAGGUACCACCCGCCACCCCCUUAUGAAGCUCCCUAGGGGUUGCAGGCAGAGCAUCUUUGACAGCAAGUACCUCUGACAGCUUAUAUUAAUAGCUGUAACCUUCUGGUUAGACGUGUUCUUUCCGCUUCUGUGAAUCUCAGCUUCACGCGAUUGUUACCGCGGCGGUUAGUCCCAUGGAUAAGUGCUCCAAUAAUUAUUAGUAGAAAUUUAAAAUCACAAUCUGAAUGGAAAUACUUGCAGAUUUCUUAUCAGUUCGCCGUAGAUGUCCUCUUUCUUAACCAACCUACAGCAUUAUGCUGGCAUCUGCUGGGCAACUAAUUUCAAUCACUGUAUAUAGCGUCUUUUCUUAUCAAUCCUUGAUCACGAUGUCUGGUCUGUUGCGCUUGCCUUUUAUAAAACUCUUAUGCAUAUGUAUCUAUGUACAUGAAUGUGUAUAAUCAUGCAUGCGUAUAUUGUAGACAUAUAUAUUGUAUGCAUUUUUGCAGGUAUGCAUGUAUGAAUGUAGAUACGCACACACAUAUAUGUAUGUAUACCUGUAUGUAUAUAUUUAUGUAUAUGCGAAUGUAUGUUACUAUGUAUAUAGUAUGUAAGUAAAUAAAUGUGCAUAUAUGUAUGCAAGUGUAUUCUGGUAUGUGUAUAUGUAUCUAUGCAUGUAUGUAUAAAGCACGUAUAUAUAUAAGAACGUAAGUAUAUGUGUGUUUGUGUGUGUGUGUGUGUGUGUGUGCGUGCGUGCGUGCGUGUGUGUGUGUUUGCGUGUGCACAUGUAUGCGUGUGUUGUAUUGAAUAUAUCGACUUCUUGUGAUAUAAUUCUUUUAUUGUAAACGAAUUUUUCUAUGCGAAUUCCUUGCUGUUAGUUUGGAGCAAUAAAGUUCCUAAAGCCCUCA